AUGUCUUCUCUGCCGUCCAACGUCCAUGUCUCUCAGCACCCCUGUCUCGUGGCCAAGCUGAGCCAACUUCGCUCAAAGUCCAUCAGCCCUAGAGAAGUCAAGUCUUUGAUUCAUGAGGUUUCUUUGAUUGUCUCUUGUGAAGCUUUUGCUUCAUCUCUGCAAGCUACAGAAGGGUCUCAGGAUGAGACACCUUUGGGCUUCCAAUUCAAGUCUACAACAGUUUCGCCAAGCACCAUGUGUCUAGUACCAAUCCUGCGUUCAGGUCUUGGCAUGGUUGAUGCUGUGCAAACCAUGCUCCCUGUAGCAGUCCCAGUUCACCACUUGGGCAUGUAUCGUGAGCCUUCAACUCUCGACCCAGUCGAGUACUACAACAAUCUUCCUCAGCAAUCUUCCAGUGAAAAGGCUAGCAGCCUCGCUAUCUUGGUUGACCCUGUUAUUGCAACCGGAGGAACCUGUGCCGCCGCCAUCCAAACGCUUCGCGAAUGGGGCGCAGAACGAAUUCUUGUCCUCUCUGUCAUUGGAGCUAAGGAGGGUGUUCAGCGAGUUGCAGCUGAGUGGCCCGAGGGAUGUGAAGUCUGGAUCGCAGGAGUGGACAAUGAGCUAACCAGCAAUGGUAUGUUGAAGCCCGGUCUGGGAGAUGUUGGUGACAGGCUAUUCUUGACCAUUGGUAAAUGA